AUUAUUAUAUGAGUAAAAUAAAAAGAUGAUCGAUCAUACUUUUUUUUAAAAACAAAAUUUCUCAAAGAAAACCAACUUGACAACCGACAGCGAACAAGAUCAAAAAGCUCUCUUCUUUUAAUUUCUUCUCAUCAAACUUAAAUUCUCUCUGCGAUCGCAAUAUAUACAAAGAAUCCUUUAUAUAGUUUCUUCCGAAGAAACAAAAAAACAGAAUUGAGAGAUUUGUUGGAGAGAGACGAGAAAGGAUCAUCAUGAGGUCGCCAGUGCAACUCCAUCACGGCUCAGACGCUACAAACGGCUUCCACACACUCCAGACGGAUGGUCCGAUCAGGAGAGUGUGUCUCACGCGCGGUAUGCAUGUGCCUGAGCACGUGGCGAUGCACCACACGCACGACGUUGGUCCGGACCAGUGCUGCUCUUCUGUCGUGCAGAUGAUCCACGCGCCUCCCGAGUCCGUGUGGGCUCUCGUUAGGCGUUUCGAUAACCCGAAGGUUUACAAGAACUUCAUCAGGCAGUGCAGCAUCGUCCAAGGCGACGGCCUACACGUCGGAGAUCUCAGGGAGGUCAUGGUGGUCUCUGGACUGCCGGCGGUGUCGAGCACCGAGAGGCUCGAGAUCUUGGACGACGAGCGUCACGUCAUAAGCUUCAGUGUCGUUGGUGGGGACCACAGGCUCAAGAACUACCGCUCGGUCACGACUCUGCACGCAUCGGACGACGAAGGGACCGUCGUGGUUGAGUCUUACAUAGUCGAUGUGCCGCCGGGGAACACGGAGGACGAAACUGUAAGCUUCGUUGAUACCAUCGUCCGGUGCAACCUCCAGUCUCUGGCUAGAAGUACCAACCGGCAAUAAUCAUAAUCUCAUUCUCACUUUUCUUUUUGUUUUUUCUGCGAAUUAUGUAUGUAUUUAUUUAUUUUCUUUAUUUUCUCUCUUAAUUCCUUUAGAUGUUCGUUCAUCACACAAGGAAAGAAAUUUCGAGUUAUCUCUUUUUUUUUUUUUUUUUUUUAAUAGAUUAUUUUGGUUUAGAAAGAAUUCGGAAUUUUAAUUUGGGAUUUUCCAAUUGGGAGAUUUAUUUAUGUUGGGACUAUCGAUAAUUAUUGUUGGAAGAUGGUACAUAAUAGCAUUUUGAGGUGAAUCUCUGUUAAAUGAA